AUGGCGGUACCACCGAGAUUCCCCGGAAUGAUUCCAGCUUAUGGUGUUCAAAUUCCACCGAUGGCGCCAAUGAUGCCUUUUCCGAACCCUUACUUUAUGCCAAAUCCAUUAGUGGCUGCAGCUACUGCACAGCGUAUGACGUUGCCUACAGUUCCACAACCAAAACCUCCUGAGAAACCACCAGUCACUACGGUGUUUGUUGGUAAUAUAAAUGAUAAAUGUGGAAACGAACUUAUACGGGCUAUUUUAACGGAAUGUGGUUCAGUUGCAACAUGGAAACGCAUACAAGGUUCAAAUGGGAAGUUCCAAGCUUUUGGUUUCUGCGAAUUUGAAAAUCCUUUCGGUACAAUGCGUGCUUUAAGGAUUUUGCACGAUUAUCCACUUGCUGAAAAAAAAUUAGUGGUCAAAAUUGAUGACAAAACAAAGACAGUGGUAAAAGAUUAUGUUGCGAGAAAACGCAUAGAAAAGCAUUUGCCACCGGAAAAGUUAACAGCUGAUGAAAUGCCAGCUGACGAGGAUAACGUUGCGGACGAUGAAGAAAUACGGCAAAAAAUUCAAGCAUUAAUUGAAAAAGAUGCUCCAGAUUUGCUGCCGAUCGAAGAUGGUGAAUUAGCAGAUAAGAUUCGAUCUCCACUUUUUGAUAAAGUGAAGGUUCGUUUUUUGAGUGCUUUUAUUUACUUUCGGCAAUUUUUUGAAUGGGUUUUUACUCUAUAA